AUGCUUCAAAAUAAACGUAGCAUCAUUUUUAUUCUAAUAUUGGGUAUACUUAUACGUAAAUAUUAUUGUAAAGAACAAACAUACACACAUAAAGAAGCUAAACCAUUACGUUUUCACGUUGCUUAUUUUAAUUUUGAACAUGUAUCAGAUGUUUAUGCUAUUACAUUAUGGAUUUUACUUGGUUCACUUGCUAAAGUUGGUUUUCAUUUAUCACAUCGUUUAACAGAAAAAUUUCCUGAAAGUUGUCUUUUAAUUAUUCUUGGUCUUAUUGUUGGUGCUCUACUAUAUGUUACACAUUUAGCAGAACAAAAAGCUUAUGUACUCAAUAGUGAUACAUUCUUUUUGUUUCUUUUACCACCUAUUAUUCUUGAAGCUGGUUAUUUUAUGCCAAAUCGUCCAUUUUUUGAUAAUCUUGGUACAAUAUUAUUAUUAGCUAUAGUUAAUACAUUAUUCAAUACAAUAUGUAUUGGCCUCACAUUAUGGGGUUUUCAAUUUACACCAAUAUAUGGUGGUACUACAUUUGGAAUGUUACCUUGUCUUGUUUUUGCUGCACUUAUAUCAGCUGUUGAUCCUGUUGCUGUUUUAGCUACAUUUAGUGAAAUACAUGUUAAUGAUAUGUUAUAUAUUGUUGUAUUUGGUGAAUCUUUACUUAAUGAUGCUGUAUCAGUUGUUUUAUAUCGUAUGUUUGAUUCAUUUGCUAAAAUUGGUCAAGAAAAUAUCAUUCCAGUGGAUAUUGUAUUGGGUGUUUUAUCAUUUUUUGUUGUUGCACUUGGUGGUGUUUUAAUUGGUAUCAUAUUUGGAGUUAUUGCAUGUUUUACAACGAAAUUUACUGAACAUACACCUGUUCUUGAACCACUUAUUAUUCUUGUUUAUGCUUAUUUAGCUUAUCUUACAUCCGAAAUGGUUUCAGUAUCUGGUAUCUUAGCUCUAACAUUUUGUGGUAUGGUAAUGAAACAAUAUGUAUCAUUUAAUAUUUCAAAAAAAUCUGAUGCAACAACAGAAUAUGUACUUAAAAUGUUAUCAUCUAUAAUGGAAACAAUUAUAUUUAUGUUUAUGGGUUUAUCAACAGUUAGUGAUAAUCAUUCAUGGAAUACAGGUUUUGUUCUUAUGACACUAUUUGUUUGCCUUCUUUAUCGAGUUAUUGGAAUUGCAAUUUUUGCUAAUUUAGCCAAUUGUUGGCGUUUACUUGAAUUAACACGUAUUGAUAUGUUAAUUAUGUCAUAUGGUGGUUUACGUGGUGCUAUUGCAUUUGCACUUGCACUUAUUCUUGAUGAAACAAAAAUUGAACGAAAAAAAGAAUUUGUUACAGCAACAAUUGCUGUUGUCUUUUUUACUGUUUUUCUACAAGGUAUUACAAUUGGUCCACUUGUUAAAUUACUUAAUGUAAGACGAAAGCAAGUCGAAGAACCAACUAUGUCAGCUAAAUUAACAAAUCGUAUGAUAGAUCAUGUAAUGACUUGUUUAGAAGAAAUUUCUGGUAGUGGUGGAAGUAAUUCAUUACGUGAUAAAUGUCGAAAUCUUGAUCGAAAUUAUUUUAAACGUUGGUUAUUACGUGAAACACCACAAGAAAAAAUGGAUAUUAAAUUAUUACAAACUUUUAAAAAUAUUAAUACACGAACAGCUAUGAGAGUUCAUGAUACAUCUAAAGGACUUGUACCAGCUUCAUCUACAUCAGCUAUGCAAAAAUCAUCAUCAGAAAAUAAUGUUAGAUCUCAACAAAGAAUUGGAAGUAUUUCAGAACUUGUUGCUGCCAAUUUACCAGAACAAACUAUACCAGAUUUAAUGUUUUUUGAAAAUAAUCGAGGUGAACAUCAAGGUGAUGAUGCACAAAUGCAUCAUUUUCUUGAUUCAAAUCUUCCUCAUGCAAGACGAAGAGCAACUAUUCAUCUUCGAAAUCAAGAUGAAAUUAUUGAUCCAAAUGGUGGAAUAAAUAAUCGUUUUGACAAAUUAUUUCAUCAUCGUGAUCAUAGAUAUUUACGACCAGGACUUAAUAAAGCACAAUUACAUGCACUUAAAACUAUGCAUACUACUGGUGUCAAUGCUAAUCGAUCAUCAAAUUUAAAAAAUACACCAUCAACUCAUGAUCAUUCAGAAACAUUAACAUCAAAACAACGAAAUUCUCGAAGAGAAUCAAAAUUAGACGAUCAACAAUUAUCUAUUAUCUCUAAUCAAGAAACAAAAUCUCCAUCUAUUCGUAGUGCUUUUCGUGAUUCUGGAUCAACAGCAGCUGAACGUAUUCGUCCAUGGAUUCAUUCACCAUCUAUGGAUGAAACAGAAACAACAUCUCAAACAAAUGCUAAACCAACAUCAACAAAGCAAAAUGAUCCUAAUCUUUAUCAAAUACGUCUAAAUGCAAGAGAUGUUAGUAGUACAUAUCAAAAAUCACCUGAAUAUAUGGGUGAAUAUGCAACAAUAACAAAAUCUGAAGAACAAUCAUCACGAUCAAAUGCUUCUGAUUUGUUUAAUAAAGAAUCAACAAAUACAUCUGAACAACAAAAGAAUAAUACUAAUGCUGCUUCUGAUCAAAAUAUUACUCGCUUGUGA